UCCUAUCAACUCAGUAUUUUCUGACGUGUUCCUCCUCCAAGUAGGCGUGAUUAACCUAGCAAGUUCUACCUUUACUACGAUGGCGAUGCCCAUGUUGGUGAAUGUUUAUUCAGUUUAUCUAUAGUUGUUGCAUGAUGAUGUAGAACCAUUCUACCUUUUAAGUGGGCAUGUGGAGGCGAUACAGCUUAAAGUAAUUUGACGGUGUUGUCAGUGCAACCAUUUCCAAACUCGACGUGUGCUCUUAUCCAGUAAUUUUAUGGCUUUGGUUUUAAGCACUUCAGGAGAAAGCACUGGUUGGUACAACACGCGUUAUAGGUAAUUCAAACCUCGAAAGCCAGGAAUUGAAGAAGUGUGGAGUAGAACAGCGGUAAGCUGAAAUGCAGUUUUUCUAAAGAGGUAUGCUAUGCUGAAACGAGUUUUGCGUUAAACUUUGAAGACUCCAUUUGAGGAAACCAGUUGCUCAUUCAUCAUUUGGUAUAAAAGAACAGAUUAAAACUUAUGGGCUGAACGCUGGCAUUCUUGGUUCAUUCCGGCAUUGUCUGACUUGUUUGUGUUACAGUGUGGUGGGUCAUUACCUUAUGACUUUGCUGAUAUUUACCUGCCAACCAUGGAAAGUGUUUUCUUAGUCCUGGACGUCAUCAAAUUUGCACUGGAUAUAACAUUGUUCUUACUUGAUGUGAACUUUUGGAUUGUUUCAUCUUUUGUAAAUAUUAUUUUGCGAUUAAUAGCAAUUGUUUAUCAUUUUCCAUCGACUGUGCUUUCAGGUUUGGCAUACUGUGGUAAUACAGUAUUAUUAUCUAUGGCUACGGUGGCAGAUAUGGCCUUCAGGGUGGUUCACAACUCAUUACAAACUCUGACAAACGCAUAUGGCGUAGUUGCUGAAAGUUUCAAGGUGUUUGGACACUUGUCUUCUUAUGUGGCUGUGAGGAGUAAAGAGCUAAUGAGCAGAGGAGUAUUAACUAUUGCCUUGUCAGGCCAGUCAUUGGUUCGCCAGGCUUGUGACCUGUUUGGAAUUGUGUUAAGUCUCCUUGCUUAUUUUAUCAACACUGUCAUUAAUGUGUGUUUGAUUGGAACCCAAAACCUGCUUUCAUCGUUGCUGACUUUCUGGGAUGUUAUCUUACUGACUUUGUUGAGAACGUCAGAUUUUGUUAGUGCUUUCCUUUCUCACCUUUCCAGUGGUGCUGUUGCUGUGAUCAUCCUCCUUUGGACUCCAUGCCAAAUAACAAUUGACUUUUUGUUCCCUGUGAUCAGAUGUCUUUUAAAUUUAGUGCUGCUGAAUUUGUAUGGGUUAGUGUUGAUGGUAUUGAUACUAACCAUCAGCACUUUAUACUUAAACCCUGAAUUCUCAGCGAGAGUAUUGGACCGCCUAACAGAAUACAUGAACAGUGUGCCUUCUUUGCAGCGUAUUUGGAGGGAUGUUUGCCAGGUUUUUCGAGUUGCCUUGAGAAUUGUGGAAGCCAUGUUGAACACUGAGACCUGGCAAAGUUUAUCAAGGAGGAGAUACCAAAGGCGAAGCAGACAUACAGGAACAGAGAGAAAUGACAACCAGAUGGUCAUUCCUAUUGCUCGACAGGCUACAGCGGCUGAAGGGGAGCAAGCAUAUAAUCAAGUUGGAGGAAAUGGACUGGGUGGUGAACUGCAUCCAAAUCAGUCAGUAAAUCCUCAUAGUGUUCCAGCCCAUUCGCAAGGCAGCAGGAGUAAUUCUGGGGACCAUUCUGCUCAGAUACCUUCUACCUCACGUCCGUCUUCUAAACCUGGGUCUAAAUCUGAUGCAGUAGAUCGGAGCAGUGAAGCUGCCCCUCAGGAAGAGCUUUGGUCACUUUUGAAGGAACAAGAAGAGCGGAAAAAAUGUGUUAUUUGCCAGGAUCAGGUGAAAACUGUGUUGCUUUUGCCCUGCCGUCAUCUUUGCCUUUGUGGUGAUUGCAAAGAUCUUCUGAUGAGGCAGCCAAUAUACCAGCACAAUUGUCCACUCUGCAGACACCUUAUUUUGCAAACUUUGGAUGUGUAUCUGUAGUAUAUAUGUCAUGCCUUUUGGGUUUUUCUGCCAGGAAACCUAGAAUUAGGUAAUUUGAGCAGAUGUAUCCAUGUAAGCUACCUGGUUUUGAAAGCUGUGAUGCAGGUAUGAGGCAGUUUCAUGUAGUAGGAGUUUACCAUUUGUACACCCUUUGCAGGCUUGCAGAUAGCCUGGAAAAUGCAGAUGUGCAUUUUAGAUAUUUUCAAAAAUAAACAAAUGUAACACCUGAAAUUGUAUUUGUAGAUUUCUGACAGGCUAUCAACAGUGUACAUCGUAUAUUAAAGUGUUAUGUUUUAUGUAUUUUUAAGCUAUGCAUUCUAUGCUUAACAUUUUAACAGCUUCAUCACAAUGGGUCAUGAUGUUGAGAUGUUAAACCCUUGAACCUCAGCAGUCUGUGUAAACAUUUGUAAAGUGCAUGUACUGCAUAGCAUUUUCUUAUGUGCAGAGGCUGUCUAUAAUUUGACAUUCAGAGCAAGCUUAAGUAUUAACAUUUUAAUGUAUGUAUAUAUAUUUUUUUAUUUUGCUGCAGUUUGGCUUUUGUGGCCUUAUUGUGCAAUUCUUAUGUUCCAUUUACAGCCUUGCUACAUCUGCAGGAGUUGGGCCCUUUAUUUAAAUUGUGACGAGGAGGACUUAACAUUUCUGUCGUUUGGUAAAAUUGAAACUACAUGUAUCGAUUAGUUCAUUCUAGGAUUAAUGAUGCCUUGCUACUUGAUCCUGUGGUUUACUUGUUUUGAUGGUUAAAAGGAUGUAAAUCGAAGGUUGUGGUAUGCUGGGAGGUGUUUGGGGAAUGUAUUAUGAAUGCCUGUAGUGUGUCUCGUUCAUCGCCUAAAAUUAUGCAGCCAUAAUAUGACUACAAGGUAGUAGAGAACGUCUUUUAAGCUAAACACUGUGGACUGAGAGUGGCUUCAACCAUGAAGCUAGUGAAAUACAGAACUGAUUUUUACAUGCUUACAUUUGAAGAUGAAAAUGUUAGCUUAUAACAUAUAGAAGCCAAAUACAAGUUGGGAAUGUAUGGAUAAUGUGUUGGAAAGGACCAGUUUGCUCUUCAAUGGCACCCUUCCAUUUUAUUGUAUUGUGUUUUUUGGUUUUGUAAAGUAGGGAUACAAGUCACCCAGCUUGCACUUUCCCUGCAGUGCUUAUUGUUGUCAUGCUAAGAAAAGCUAACACAUUGAUUCUUUUUUUUUCUCUCCCCUGGUUUUUGUCUUCAUUGCAUGCCGAUCGACAGCCUUUCCAUUUUGGUCUCGCUACCUUGUUUAUUUCCCGUACUCGGGCCACUCACCCCCACAUUACCCCAUUGGGGUGAUCCCGAGUCUCCACCAGAGAUUAAUAAACUUGCACUGUACUCAAGUGCCCAGUUUGGGUGGGGCUUCGUCCAAAUUGUAAGUGGUGGUAAAUGAUUUUUAUUCUCCUCCUUGGCUUGGCAGCUCCCACAUGGCCGCCUGACUAGUGUGGUCCUAAAGUGCCCCCUUAAUGAUCAUGCAGGCAUCUUUGUUGGCUGUUGUGCUUGUACAGCUUAGUGGGUGGGCACAUCUCUGCCUGUAAUGCUGCAAGCUGAGACACCCACUUCCUCUUGAUGUUGGACAUGUAGUGUUGGCAUGUCUUCCUCUCCUAAGAUCAAUGAGCAUGAUUUUUGGCCACUCAUGCCUGUGCUCUUCAGUGCAUCAGCCACUGCUCAUACCUGUGACAUCUUGGUUUUAGUCAUGGCUUUUAAACUACAUAGGUGGUAGAGAAUUUGGUCUAAAUUGACUUUUUCUGUAUGAAUGGUUAAAUUAGUGUGAAUUACCAAAAAAUAAUGGGUGGAACAAUACAUCAACCACAUGGCUUUUAAGCAAAAGUGUGUUGACACAUUUUUCACUUUGUACAGGGAUUAUUGAAAAGGUUGUGUGGUCUUACUUCCUUAAAAUGAUCCUUUUUACUCUUUCAUUAUUGUGUGUUCCAAACACAUGACUUGAAAAUGAAAUACCAAUCCCCCCCCCCCCCCCAAACCUGGGAUCCCCAAAGAAUUUUGUAACAGGAAGUGUCGGACUGGAGAGGCCAAAUUUUAUGACACUUAUGUGAGUAGUGGUUAGGUUUUUAGAAGGGAUAUAACAUUUUACAGUUGUAUUCUGAGAGGCUGAGGUCUCUGUUUAGAUAACUGCAUAAGUUAAUAUUUAUUCCUUACCAAAAACGACUUGAAGCAAAAUGUAACCAAAGUGUACCACUUAACUUUUGCAGUAUAUUGUUUGGUGCUAGCCCAUUAUUUUGAUGCACCUUGAAUUCCUCUAACAUUGUGAGUGCCAGAAUUCUAGCUGAGUGGGAAGGGAUUGAGCGUCUUAGGGCAGGCUGAAGAAAAUUUUCACUUUUAUAUAAGUUUAACCAGUUGUUUCACUGAUUAAUUUAGUUUGGUAUAUUUUAUACUUGUGCAUGUGUAGCUUAAUCUGCCUGGGAGGACUGCUUGAUGGGUGAUAUCAGCAAAAAGGCGACAAUGGAAUAAGAGACAGCAGCCUGGUCGGCGGGAGAGCACAAAGUGUUAGGUCUGUUUCAGAUGUUUACUUAUGGAAAAAUACAGAAUUUUUAAUGCCAAGCUGGGCAGUGUAGUUGCUACAGUCAUUCAGCUAUUGCUGCUUGCAUAAUUUUAAACUCAACACUAACAGUAGAAAAGCUUUGAUGUAUUUACAUAGUGGCCCAUAGUCCACCUUACAUUCAUUUGUUCUAUUUAGGAAAUUAAUUUGUUUUUGUUUAUUUUAUUAAUCUGUACAGUGUUAAAUUCUGGGCUGUCUUGCUGUUGUAGGCAACAAGUCCAGUGAAUUUUGUUUCUUUAUUAUUUUUUUAACUGACAGAUAAUGUCUUAAGUUUUGUAUGUUUUCAGUCUUUUAAUUAAGAAAAACACUUGUAUGUUUUCAGUCUUUUUUUAAUUAAGAAAAACACUUGCAUUCCAUACUGUAUCUUUUUUUUUUUUCCAGAGUGACUAGCAUUGCUCACUUUGCAGUAUUUUUGAGACGUGGUGUUUGUGUGUCUAACCUGUUGUGUAGUGAAAGAGCGGUGAUGCUUUGGUACAAAAUUAACUUUAACAUUUAUUUGCAUUUCUGGAGACCAUGUUGGAGGAUAUUAAAGGUCAUUCCACUCUUUUGUGUUUUUCUGCAGUAUGUUCCAUGUUACAUACUGUUUUUCUAAAUGUUACAACUACAUGUUCUUGAUGAUGAAACAGAAAAACAUCUACAGUAUUUGUAAUGGGGACUGUCCCCCCCAAUCCUUUUUCUUGGUAGAAUGAAGAGCUGAACAAAAUAAAAUCCUGUUUAUCAGAUUAUAA